CAGCCAUCCGUGCCGGCCCGACGGUAGCGACGUAGUAGGCACGUAUAGAUUCAUACAUACACGUAUGAACAGCAAAACAUGCUGAGAUUUUCGGUGAUUUGUGAACUUUGUAAUCCGAUUUACAUCGUUGCCUUGUCAGUAUAAAGACUGUUAUAAAUACGCGACUCGCCGAGGUCCAAAUGUUCUUGUUCUGGAGAGGCUCGAUUCGAGUAAUAAAGUCGAGUACACGGAGCACCUCUGUACAAGCAGCUAGGUUAUACAGCGCUGAACGACUUGAGGAAUACGAUGCCCCGGUUUCAGCGGACGAUAAUUUCACCAGCGUACGUCGGGACGAAUUCAAAUCUUUGAGAAUCGCGAUAUUCGGACUACCGAACGCGGGAAAGAGUACUCUUAUUAACCAGCUGAUUCAUCAUCAGGUAUGUGCGGCGUCAAUGAAACCGCACACAACCCGCUCGGCAUGUCGUGCCGUCCUUCACACAGACACCACAGAGUUGGUGUUUGUAGACACGCCUGGCGUCGUAACGACCCAAGAAGUCAAACGUCUCAACUUGGAGAGUAGCUUCCAAAGUGACCCUGAAGUGGCUGUGAAAAAGGCAGAUAUUGUCGGUGUUCUCCAUGAUGUAUCCAGAUCCCGAUUUAGACAAGAAAUAAGUCCACAAGUACUAAACCUGUUGAAGAACUUGGAUUCUGAUACGCCAACUUUAUUAUUAAUGAACAAAGUUGAUCAGAUAAAGAAUAAACGAAAGUUAUUAGAUUUUGUCCGUCACUUAACUGGCGAAAAUGGAUGGCCAAACUUUACAGAUAUCUUCAUGUUGUCUGCAUUGGAAGGGGACGGAGUCUCAGAUUUAAGGGAAUACCUCCUUGUUUCGGCAAAACCUCGAGACUGGGAAUACGAAAAAGAUACUUUAACUGAUCAAAAACCAGAAGAAAUGAUCGUACGUAUUGUACGUGGCAGCCUCCUAGAUGUUCUUCCUGAAGAAAUACCAUACAACCUGGAUAUCCAGAUCGAAUAUUACAAUGUCUGCAAGGAUGGGAGCAUCAAUACCGUUGUUUUGAUCGAUUGUCCCACUGAACGAUUGUACAAGUUGAUUCUUCGUAAAAUCACAAGCAAGUUGAAAUAUAUAGCUAUGAACGUAGAACAAGCACUAAGUAAGAAUCUUCAACAGACCGUCAGAGUAAAAUUGGUUUUCCAGCCAAAAAAAGUAAUUAGUAAAAGUAAAUAAGUAGGUAUACAAUUACGUAAUAGCAUCACCAUGUAUAUAGGAACAGCAAAGUAUUGAUUAUUCUUUUAUAUCUCCUUGUACACUCCGUGGCAGUUCAAUAAACUCUACCAACUGCAUAUGAUUCGAUUUCGA